CAGGCCGCCGCGCCUCCGACGGCGAGCAGCGCCGCAUGGUGGACAUCACGCGCGACAAGCCCAUCAAGGUGACGGUGCGUGUCGUCGUGCCCGUGCGGGACCACCCAAAGUUCAACUUCGUGGGGAAGCUGCUGGGUCCUAAGGGCAACUCGCUGAAAAGGCUGCAGGAGGACACGAUGACGAAAAUGGCCAUCCUAGGACGCGGCUCAAUGCGGGAUAAACAUAAGGAGGAGGAACUGCGGUGCUCGGGCGACCCCAAGUUCUCGCACCUGAGCGAUGACCUACACGUCGAGAUCACGGCGUUCGCCCCGCCGGCAGAGGCGCACGCACGCAUCGCCUACGCUCUCGCCGAGGUGCGACGUUUCCUAGUACCGGACUACAACGACGAGAUCAGGCAGGAGCAGAUGUGGGAGAUGCAGAUCCUGAACACGGCGAUGCAGCGGCGGCCGCUGCUGGCGGCGGCGAGCCCGGCAUCUUCCGAGUCGCCGCCCGGCAGCCUGUCGCCCGGCAGCCCGCCCCCCGCGGCGGCGGCGCAGCCCGGGGGCCGUCACGUCGCCUCCCCGCCGCCCCCGCAGCAGCAGCCGGCGCCGCAGCAGCAGCCGCCGCCCCCGCAGCAGCAGCCGCCGCAGCAGGUGUCUGCGCAGGCGCCGCUGCUGCACCCCGCGCUGCGCGGCCUCGAGCCCGCAGCCGCGGGCGUCGCGACGGGGGCGGCGGGCGUCGUGGCGGUGGCCGGCGGCGCGCAGGCGGCCGCGUCAGCCGCGGCGGCGGCGGCGGCGGCGGUAGUCGCCCAGCAACAGCAGCAGCAGCAGGCCGCCGCCGCCACAGCAGGUAGGCGCGCGCCCCAAACCUCCGUCACGAGUUGUAACUAA